CACGGGGGGACGGGGGAGAGGGGGAGAGAGGGAGGGAGGGACGGAGGAAGGGAGAGCGGAGAGUGGAGAGUGGAGAGGGGGCAGAGCAGGCUAAGACACCCAGCAGUGCACCGUCUUGAUCGGCUACCCGGGGGCGACGAGCGAAAGCGGGAGAAAAGCACCGAGCUGUGCACCGGGCUGGCCGGGGGAAAUAACGGUCAUCGAACCCUUCGCCGGUUUAAAAUGCCCGUCGGGGGACGCGCGACCUCUGACGGAGUGGUGUAGGGAGCUCGCUCGGGCGGCAGAGCGGCGGCGGGGGGGGUGGAGUUGACAGCCCGAGCUGGUGGAUGCGCGCAGCUCGGCUGUGCAUGUCUCACGGAUCGUGUCUUCAGCAAAACAACAACAACAAGAACAACAACAACAACAAAAAAGAACAAGAAAAUAAAAAAAUAGCAGUUUUUCUUUUGUAACAGACAGGCGUGAGGGGGCACAAACCCAAAACUAAACACCCCACGGAGGAACGAGCCGUGUUUUCUCCGAGGAAUUUUCUGUUUUGCGAAGGUGAACACAGCGAGGACUGGGACAAAAGGAGAGGUCACUGAAGGCGAAGGAAGAGAGAGAGGGACACUGGAUAAUCUUGCUCCAGCAGAAGGAGGAACACCAUUUUGACUGGUUUUGGUGUGGCAGACUGGGACGGCAGAGAGACUGUGUACAAUGUGCUAGAGGAGUGAAGGAAGACAAGCUUGGGUGUUUUUUUCUACUAUACUGGAGUGUCAGAGAGACGAGAGGGCAAAGAAAAUGGGGAGGAAGAAGAUACAGAUCACGCGGAUCAUGGAUGAGCGGAACAGACAGGUGACGUUCACGAAGAGGAAGUUUGGUUUGAUGAAGAAGGCCUACGAACUGAGUGUACUAUGUGACUGUGAGAUAGCGCUGAUUAUUUUUAACAGUUCAAACAAACUCUUUCAGUAUGCUAGCACUGAUAUGGACAAAGUUCUACUGAAAUAUACAGAGUACAACGAGCCCCAUGAGAGCAGAACCAACUCAGACAUCGUGGAGAAAUUAAGAAACAAAGGCCUUAGUGACUGUGCCAGUCCCGAACCCGAUGACUGUUUCGGGCACAGCCCCACCAUGGACGAGCGAUACGGCAAGCUUAACGAAGAGAGUGAUUUAAUUUACAAGCGCUGCGGUGCGCUUAACAAGAAAGAACACAGAGGCUGUGAUAGCCCGGACCCUGACGCGUCAUAUGUGCUCACCCCUCACACAGAAGAAAAAUAUAAAAAAAUUAAUGAGGAGUUUGAUAAUAUGAUGAGAAAUCAUAAAAUCCCCACUGCUUUGCCGCAGCAGAACUUUUCGAUGCACGUGGCGGUGCCGGUAACGAACCCCAACACCCUCUCCUACAGCAACCCCGGGGGCUCUCUCGGGACCCCCGCCCUGGCUGCCGCCACAGCAUCGCUGAGCGACGGCGGGAUGCUGUCGCCUCCCCAGGGCUCCCUGCACAGGAGCGUCGUGUCCCCCGGGGCCCCGCAGAGGCCGUCGAGCACCGGCAGCGCAGGUGGCAUGCUGGGUACUACAGACCUCACAGUGCCAAACGGCGCAGGCUCAAGCCCAGUGGGGAAUGGUUUUGUGAAUCCACGGGGCUCCCCGGGCCUCCUGGGCACCCCGAGUGGAAACGGCCUUGGGAAGGUCAUGCCCACAAAGUCACCACCUCCCCCCGGGGGCAACCUGGGGAUUGGGAACCGCAAGCCGGACCUGAGGGUGGUCAUCCCCCCGUCCAGCAAGGGAAUGAUGCCCCCACUGAACACCCAGAGGAUCAGUAGUUCCCAGGCUGCCCAGCCACUGGCCACCCCCGUGGUGUCCGUCACUACGCCCAGCCUGCCACCUCAGGGCCUGGUGUACUCAGCCAUGCCCACGGCCUACAACACAGAUUACUCCCUGAGCAGCGCGGAGCUGUCCGCCCUGCAAGGCUUCAGCUCCCCAGGAGGCCUGGCCCUGGGCUCCAUGUCGGCCUGGCAACAGCACCAGCUGGGCCAGGCCGCCCUCAGCUCGCUGGUGUCCGGCGGCCACAUGCCUCAGGGCCCCAACCUGUCCAUCAACACCAGCCAGAACGUCCACAUCAAGUCGGAGCCGAUCUCGCCCCCGCGCGACCGUUUCCCCGCGCAGCCGCCGCCCCCGGCCCGGCCCGACAUGGGCCGCUCGCCCGUCGACAGCCUCAGCUCCUCCAGCAGCUCGUACGACGGCAGCGACCGCGAGGACCACCGCGCCGACUUCCACUCCCCGCUGGGGCUGGGGGGCCCCGCGGGCGGCGGGGAGGAGCGGGAGAGCCCCUCGGUCAAGCGCAUGCGCAUGGACACCUGGGUGACAUAGAGCCGCCCGGUGCCCCCUCUGGGCAGGUGCUAGACUAGCCAUUGUAGAGCGGGGGAGAGGCGGGGAGGGGAGGGGAGGGGUAGUGCAGGUCUCCUUUUUAAUAUUAUUAUUAUUAUUGUUCUUAUUUAAGUUUAUUUACUUUUUUAACUAGGAAAGAGAAAGAGAAAAAAAAGGUGUCCUGACAUAUCUAAAUUAAUUCUCACACAUACAACAAGGCAAGAAUAAAUAAGGACUCAGGACUGAGUUCUAAAGACAAAGACUUAUCAGGUACUUGGUACAACAUGUUCUUGUACAUUCGCAGGAGUCCCACGUAUGAAAGCAGCGUGCCCCAGAUUUUCGUAGUCUCUGCUCCAGUCUGGCUCUCACUUGUAAUCUUUUGUUAGACUUUUGGUUCUGUCUGCAAGACACAAGCAGUCGAAGGAAGUGCAGGGUCGCCCUCGCACCCAGGCUGCUCCCUCGUGCUGCCCGACGGGGAAGGCACACCGAGCAGCCGGGUGCCGGCCCUCCUGUUACAGCUUCAGGGAGGAAGACGUCCUCCUGGUCAGUUUUUCUUUUUUAACCGAGUAAAGACGAAAACCAGAGAUCUUGUCGCAGAUCUUAGAGACGAAAGAGGACUGAGCAAUAGCGCACAGAGCGGAGAAGGACACCGGCUGCCUCCUGGAAGCCACGGCGGCCCGCUUCUGAAGCAGGAUGCUCUCGUGUGGGUGGCGGUUCCCUCGGCGGGCCAGUGGGGGGCGCUAGCGUAUUUGCAUGUUCGAAAACAAGAAAGCGUUGUACCCGAAGUGGGCGAUGCGAUGGGCCGUGCCACGAUUUCUGGAGGAAGAGAAAAAGAAACCAGAGGAAAUCUCUAAUGGAAUCAGCAUGAAUUCAGCGAUAUAUUAGUUUAGCGAAGUUAAGCAUUAAAGGAAAUAAUAUAUUAAUUUAAAAUUGGACAUAUGGGUGGAGACGUUGUUCUAUGCUUAUACCUUGAAAUUAUACCUAAAGACUGACUUACAAAUCAGGUGUAUUUUUGAUUCAAUACCCAAGACCUCAUACCCAACUUAAGAAUAUACACAAGAAUAAGAAAAAAGUUCACACACAGUUUCAGCAAUUAAUUAUUUAUAUAAGCCAAAGCUGUAUGUUGAUGCCUUUAUUUUGUAGGUAUGGGUUUUAUCCUUUUCAUUUGGGACUUUUAGUUUAUUUUAAAUGUUUUAUUAAAAAAAACAAACAAUAAAAUGACAUUACAAGCAAGACCUUGAAACCGUAACUAAAGCCAUGAACACUCGCUGUUCUGUUUGUAAAUUGAAAUUUGAGCCAAACUUUUUUCUUUUUGUUGUUUGUGUAUAUAGCAACUUUAAUAUAUAUCACCUUUGGUGUAAGUACGUAUGUAUUGUACCUUCACCAGAUUUAAGAAAAAAAAACUAUAUUUUUGUGGAUUACCGCCAGGUUUAUGAGGCGAAGUCCUUAUUAAGUAGAGUAUUCACUGGUUAAUAUUUACUAUUUUGUUAAAUAUGCUGUACUUUCUUCGAAUUUGAAUUAUUAUCGUUAAUAACCGGAGUUUUUUCAGAGGGUAGUGUCUGGGUUGUUAUCCCUUUAGUGGUGGUGAAUGCUUGUCCUAUAAAAUUUGUAAUGACAGUGCUGUAAUGGUGAAGCUUCACUGUAUCUUUUUGUAAAGAAGAAAUGCAAAGCGCAAGAAAAGCUGGGCACGGUGUUUAACUGUGGAACUCCUUCUUACUUCCCUUCUUUGAGGGACAGGUCUAAAGCUGCUGAACUCACUGCCCGAACCUGUCUCACGCCUGGGGACUGAAACACAGGACACAGAGAGGCCUUCAGCCUCAGCAGAGGAUCUGAAACCGCCAUCUUCAUUUCAAUCCAAAGCCAAACUGAAGAAAUGGCACGUGACUCGAUUACCCCUCCCACCCCACAGUCACUCACAGUUAUUUUACACCUCCUUGUGUAACCCAUGUGCAGAUUAAAAUUUUGUUCAAUGCCUAGGCUGGAGGUAAAAUGUUAAAUACACUGAGAGGCAUUAAAAACUCAAAACUAAAGUAAUGGAACUAAUAGCAUUUGUUGUUUUUUAUGUCACUCAGUAUGCAUGACCUCUAUAGCAGAUACAGGGUUUAAAGCAUGUUAUUCUUUCAUUAAUGAGUGUUAUCUGGGGGCUGUUGUUGUACUUUAAUGGAGGUAAUAACAUUUGUCAGCCCCUCUCCCUCAUCCCACGAACCCACCAAACACAUUAAGCCACCCGCUGUAACCUCAUCACCUAGGAGUCAUCUUUUAAUAUUUAACACCAACAUUCCCCUACAUUGUGUUCAGAUCCUGAUUCUGAGAUUUCUUUCCUUUUUAAGCCUGAACGAAGUUAUUAAGGGAGAGGAGACAGGGGUCCGUUAUUUUAGGCGUCCUCAAAAUUCUCGUUCAUCUUUAUACUCACAGUUUGUUCCCUUUGAGGCGGCGAAGGGACAGGAAAUUCAGCAGCUUUAUGAGGGGGUGAGGGAGAAAACGGAAAAACAGAAAAACAAACACAACGAAAUCACCGCUAGAUGGCGCCUGAACCUGUACCUGAAGUGUGCUGUACAGCGUUUAUAGGAGUACACCCUUUGCAUUUGCUGUCUAUUUCCUUGUGUGCCUUUAUCGAAAACCAUAGGCAUGCCCUAAACCGUCCCCACACACGUCAGCCAAGCCACGGCAGCUGAUGAUGACAGCUGGUAACGAUCUAUGCAGUCUCUACCCCUUGCACUUAAAACAUCCAUUCCCCAGCACCGAUCCGUGAUUGUGUCAUGGAAAGCGUUCACAGUACGACUAGGUAACUAACCCAUUACUCAUGCCUAUACGCACACGCCCACAUCCAAUUGCUCACUCAAUUCUUGAAGAAUUGGUGUUAAAGACUGUUACAACUUUCCCUCGAAGUGCUUUCCCCUCUUCAUGAAACUGGGAUGCUGUAGAUCUUAUUCUUGAAACACGACAUCUGACAGCCAACGGACUCCAGAGAAAAAAAAAAACACUAACCUCUGCCACACCGCCAUUAACUCAACGACUGCUCUCUUGAUAUUUUUUUAUUUUCUUCUCUAAUUAGGGCAGCUCAAAAACGCACUCAUCCAUGAAUACACGUUCUUGUUGUAACUGACUGUUGCCAGGAUCUUAACAAGCCUGGAAUUCACCAGCAAAGAUAAACCUCAGAUCAGGUUUUAGUCUUUACUUUUCGUUUUAUAAAGCUCAUGACAGAACUUCAGGAAAAAAUCAUCCAAGAAAGAUCCGUGAGGUUAAAGAUGCAGGAAAAAAAUCACGCUCAUAUUUUUUGGAAAAACUGCAGCAAUAAUAUAACAAAACUGGAGUCGCUCUCAAUUGGGAUUCAGGGAUUUUUUGUUAUUUUUCUUUGUCUAGGCGUACACAUAUUGCACAGCCUUGUUCCAAAGAGUUGUCAUUUCGAGACAAGGCGAAUACCUGAUAGGCUGAUUUUUGGACACAGCUUUGACAUAGACCUGACCAGAUUUACAAUCGAAAAGCAGGAUCGGAGAAGAGGUUAAGACACAGGAAGACCCGUCUGCACAAGCCCCCUCCUCCGUACUCUCCUUGUGUUGUUAUUACUCUGUUGUGUGCACACAAGAAAUAAAUAGUAAAUAUAAAGCAACUAUAUAAUGAAAAGCUCCUUGGGUCUGUAUGCUAUUUCUGAAAAUUCAACUUGCACAAAAAUAAAAGAUGUCGAAUGUGAAAGAAAGGGAUAUUAGAGAAUCUUUGUAGAAAACCUUCUUCACUUUGCUGUGCAAGAGUACACUGCUUUGCUUUAUGGCUUUUUUUAAAGAAAAAAAAACAGAACUAUGUAUUUGGUAAUUGUUUGUAGUUACUAGUUCACUCGGAAAAAAAAAAGCUGUUUGCGGUUUGAGGGCUCAAACCGUGUGGCGGCACAAGCUGGACUUUGUUGCCAUGAAUGAAACAGAAUGUUUCAAAAUCAAGAAAGAGAAUUUUAAGUUAAUCUGCAUUUUAAUUUCCCUGAAUGUGUUGUUUUAUCUUCAUUAUUACAAUAAAUAUUCUAGUGAACUUUUUAUCGAAUGACUAAAAUAUUAUGCUAGAGAUUGUUGUACAAAUUUGUAUUCUGCAUUCACUAAAGUAAAGAUAUUGGCUUUUACCGUG